GCGUCGCGGCGUCAUCCUCUCGGCGGCCGUGGCGGCGGCGGCGACAGCACGUAAGACACUCAGAGGGGCGGCCCGUAUCCCUCCGCCGCCGGCGCGGCCCGGCCCUCCCUCCCCAGGCCCGCCAAUCCCCGCUCUCCCGACCUGCCCCUCGGCCUGGGCCCACCCCGCACUCCUGCGGCCCCACCCCGGCAGCGUCACCCGCCCGCGCGUCCCUCGGUCCACCUGCGGCAGGCAGUCCCUCUGGCUGUCCGACCGGGAGGCGCCGGCCGAGCCCGAGGCUGGGCUCUUGCUUCCCGGCGGAGGGAUCCGCGGCUGCUGAGGAGGCGGCGCUGAGCCUGGGAGGCAGAGGCAGCUACGGCGGCGGCGGUGGUGGUGGCGGCGGCGGCGGCGGUGGCGGCGGCGGCAGCGCAUAAAGGGGCCGCCGCCGGGUGAUGCGGUGACUGCUGCGGCAGGCUCAGGAGCCGAGUGGGCCCCGGCCCUAAGUCUGUCCCGCCGGACCCGCGCUUCGGAACUCCCCAUCUUCUCCGGCCGGCCCGCGGUCACCGAGGCGGCCUCGCACCCCUCGCCCCUUCCCCGUCCCUCCCCUGCCCCCGUCCCCACCCCGGGGGCCGCCGCCACCCGCCUCCCACGAUGGCUCUGAAGAGAAUCCACAAGGAAUUGAACGACCUGGCACGGGACCCCCCAGCACAGUGUUCAGCAGGUCCCGUUGGAGAUGAUAUGUUCCAUUGGCAAGCUACAAUAAUGGGGCCAAAUGACAGUCCCUAUCAGGGUGGAGUAUUUUUCUUGACAAUUCAUUUCCCAACAGAUUACCCCUUCAAACCACCUAAGGUCGCAUUUACAACAAGAAUUUAUCAUCCAAAUAUUAACAGUAAUGGCAGCAUUUGUCUUGAUAUUCUACGGUCACAGUGGUCUCCAGCACUAACUAUUUCAAAAGUACUCUUGUCCAUCUGUUCUCUGUUGUGUGAUCCCAAUCCAGAUGAUCCUUUAGUGCCUGAGAUUGCUCGGAUCUACAAAACAGAUAGAGAAAAGUACAACAGAAUAGCUCGGGAAUGGACUCAGAAGUAUGCGAUGUAAUUAAAGAAAUUAUUGGAUAACCUCUACAAAUAAAGAUAGGGGAACUCUGAAAGAGAAAGUCCUUUUGAUUUCCAUUUGACUGCUUUCUAUGAGCCCACGCCUCAUCUUCCCCUGUGCACAUGUUUACCUGAUACAGCAGUGCUGCGUGUUGUACAUACUUGGAACCACAAACUAGAAAUACUGUACUUCUGUACCAACAUUGCCUCCUAGCAGAGAAGUGUGUGUGUGACAAGCCAGUUCUCCAGGCAUAACCUAGGUGUGAGACUAAAAGCUUUCCUUAUUGACUUAAUUUGGAUAACGGCAAGGUGAGGGUUGGUGGGUAUGGUGUGUGCUUGGAUGGGGAAGAAAAGCUCCACUGACCUGUAGGAGAUUGUUUUUUAAGUGAAAUCCUAUUAAACUCAAAACAGUUAUGAAAAGCAAGGUGAAGAACACAAAGCUGUUUCUGUAUUCCUUUUAUUCCGAAGGACCUACGUACGUCUUAGGUGACAGUUAUGACCAACCAGCUUAAACUCUACCCACGUCCUGUAUUUGAAGGUCUAAGUUUAACUGGUCAACAUUGAAAUGGAUCGGAGCUAUUAGUACAGAAAGUGUGAUGGGCUUUGUUCCCAGCUCUUUUACAUCUCCCCCUCUCACCCUUCCUCCCUCAGCCCCUCUUUCUCUCGUCCAUAUUCUUUGGUUUGUAUGUGGUUUCUCAGUUAAUACAUAGCUAAUAGCUCUUAUUUUUCUUAUGUUUUUAACUGCUUAGGUCUAUCUGGAUGUAAGGGUGAAAAUUCACUUGAUGGAAAUACUUGUGUAUAUUUAAAGACCCAACUGCUCCUCUGGAGCUUGUACGUUCAAGAAUGAUUAAUCUGUGUAAUAAACUGAUUACUACAGUCAUUACAUAUAA